CUGAUUACGUCUUUGUUGUUUGCCUUUUGGAAAUAAUUGCGAAGUAUAAAAAACAGUAAUAAAUAAAUAUCGGUACCUUUACCUAAACACAAGUCGUGAACAGGAAACAUUCAUUAUUUCGAACUCAUUCGCGGAUAACACUUGCGUAAAGUCAUAUCGUAAACACUAUUAUGCGGUUCAAAUAAUAUUUUUCUAAUAUAUAAAUAACCUUAUAACACAGAAGGCUUUAUAAGACUGUGCAUUGUGUUGUGAUCUGUUUAUUGUCUAAUAAUUCAUAACCUUCGGUAGUGAUUCCAAGACCACACCAUGAUUAAUGCAGUGGGAAAGGUGUGCCUGCUGUGUUUACUAUGUGACGUAAUGGGACCGGUAUCUAGUUUACCUCUGAACCCAUUGAUAUCGGAUGCACAUUACAAAGUACGAACAAAAAGAUCACCAAACAAUUUUUCACUCUUUGGAUAUCAACUCCCCUUCGCUGUCCCGGAUCCCAGUGAAAAAGUUACAGAAGCUAUAAGCAGUUUCAGAAACAUUUUUGUGACUGAACGAAAACAUACAGAUACUCCGGCUGCAGGUGCAUUUACAGACAUAAAAAAUAUGAAUAAUAAAAAACAUAACGAAUCUCAUAUAAUGUCACUAGUCGACGAACAAAAAACAAUCAAAAUGCUAGAAGAAAUAAAACCCAUCCGGAUAUCUAAUCAUAACUUUUCAGAGUAUCACAUUGACAAAAAGUUAAUUGACGACAUUUUCAAAGACUUGAUGACCGAUAACACACAAUCUGAUAAUUUAAAUAACAUAGUACAAGAAAAUUCAGAUAAAAUAAUCGAGCAACAGCUUAAACGUAUUAUGAAAUUUACAAGACAUAAUAAUAGCAGACAAGAAGAAAUACAAACGACCACUGAUCCCAUAGAAACAGAUACUACCGAUGUCACUGACACUGAUGAAUACGAAACUACCACAAAUGACGACUUCUAUCGGAUUGAUUCAUCUGUCCUAGCGUCUCUUUUGGGAUAACUUCAGUCGUCUUCUAGAGGGCAGUAAUUGACACAAAUUUCUAUGUUUAGAAAAGAACCGAAGAAAUUCGAUACGUCUUCCAAGUUUCUCAUCAUAUAAUCAUAUAUUCUCUGUCUAUCUGAGCCGUAUUCCACGUAGAGAAGAGUUUCGACUCUUUUAUUUUUGCCUACCGCUCCUUUUCCACUAGUCUUUUUUUUUGGAGCUCGCAAUGCGUCCGGAUCCAUCCUGUUAAUUAUUACAACGGAUUUCUUUUUCAUUGUUGAGUUUCCAGGUCUUGUUCCAUUUAAUGUUACUCUACUAGUAUCAAGAUACCUGCAAAAAUAUAUUUUAUAAUGAUUAAAAUAUUAGGUAUUUGUUAUUGUUAGUAGCAGUCGAGAAAUUGAUUUUGUAUUCAGAUUAAAAUUAAGCAGAUUAUAUCUACUCGUGUUUCAUAUAUUAUGUUUGUGCGAGAAAUAAAAUUCUAUGAAAACAGAA